UAUACACAUUCACUGCUUUUUCAAACCAAAUUGCCUCUUCUAUUAAACUCCACACACUACAACUUCUCAAUGUAUGUCUACUGAUGAUUACAACUGCUUGGAGGGAAAUCUAAAAUCAAACUAAACUUAAAACAAAUUUUUUUGGAGGGAAUGUAGUAGGGUAUGGCCAACUAUCACUAGCUACAAAGGCAUAUCUACUAAACAAAAUGAGAUUAAUAGAAGUAUUGCCCUCAGAAAAUUUUCAUCAUUGGGCAAUGGAGUAUGCUGCUGGAGGCAGUGCCGGAGACAGUGACGGAGAUAUCACCGGCGACAAAAACUCGCGCAUUGUAGGAGUGGACACCAAAAAUCUGAUAGCUCAAAGGCUGCUACAACUGAGCCAUGAAGGUAAAGUAGCAUAUGGAGGUUUUGUGAAGACAGCAAAGGACUUUGGAGUGAGCACGAAGACUGUGCACAGAAUCUGGGCAGAGGCAAGCCACCAAAUCCAGCUUGGAGUACCUGUGAGCAUACAAGAUCGUGUUAAAGGAUUCAAGCGCAAAGAUAGAAUUCAGCUUGAUUCAAACAGAGUAAGAGCUCUUUCAUUCCUUGAAAGAUCAACCAUCCGCAAGUUGGCUGCCAAACUGGAGUUAAGUAAGAGUGCAGUGGGCAGAAAAGUGAAAGCAGGGGAACUGAGGCCACACACAAAUGCUGUGAAACCCCAACUUACUGCCGCAAACAAGUUAGCAAGAAUGAAAUGGGGUCUCACAUAUAUGUAGGGCUGUAGGUUUAUAAUUUCAGUCAUUAGGAAGCAUUUUUUGGCAGUUGGGUGUGUAAGCCUCAAGAUUAGGUGUGGCUUAUGCUAUCAACUGUUUUUUGACAUCUUUUGUACAGCCUCCAAACCUACAUGUAUAGGGGUGGCUUCUAAAAUCCUAAUCCCUCAGAAAAUUAUCAUCAUAGGGCAGCCUCCUAACCUUGUAAAGGGGUGGAUUCUGAAACCUAAUCCCUCAGAAAAUUGUCAUCAUAGGGCAGCCUCCAAACCUUGUAAAGGGGUGGCUUUUGUAAUGUCAGUGUAUGGCUUUUGUAAUCCCUCAGAUCUUAGUGUUUAUAUAAACUCACAAAUAAGCCUCCAUACCUAACUAGAGGGGUGGCUUUAUCAUGCAUAAAGUAUCAGUAAUAUCAACACACAACAAAUCAUCACAGGGCCAAAGAGUAUCAGCAUGCAACACAUCACAAGGAACAAUAUACAACCAU